AUGAGGGCAUACUACAUGGAUGACGUUGAUGGCAGCUUUACAGCUCCUCACAACUCAGGCGUUUCCCUUGACGCUGGCUACUUGGGUAAAUUGGGAAUCCAAUACCAGUACAACCCAGAUGUAGAGAAAGUAGCAGUCGAGCAAGGCUACAAGAACAGGGAUGUUAUCGGUAUCUCUAAGGAGGUUCUCGGUGAGGAGGAGUAUCAGAAGAAGCUGGAUAUUUUCAAAGUGGAGCAUUUGCACACAGAUAUUGAGGCCAGAUUGAUUCUCGAUGGCAGCGGGUACUUUGAUGUUAGAGACAGACUGCAGAAUAACGAGAAAUGGAUCAGAAUCGCCGUCGAGAAGGAUGACUUGAUCAUUCUCCCUCCAGGUAUCUUCCACCGUUUCACAACGGACGAUAACGGUUACACACGUGCAAUGAGACUGUUUACUGAUGAACCUAAAUGGCAACCUUACAACAGGUCAAAUGAUAUUGAGAAGGACCCAUCUCACAUAGAAUACUUGAAAAGUAUCGGAAUCACUGUAUAA